AGGUCCUUCCCCAUUUCUCUGUUUUAAGCUUCUCCCUUCAGAUCUGCGAUUCUCCCAUAAAAAAUUCCUCUCUCGGGAGUCAAAAAUCGAAGCUAGGGUUUCGUUCUUCUCCAUAGAUCAAGCUUGUGGGAUUGGCUUAGUCUUGGCAAAGCAAGAUGGGAGGUGGGUUUCGAGUGCUUCACUUGGUGAGACCUUUUCUUGCGUUUCUUCCUGAGGUCCAGAGCGCUGACAGAAAGGUCCCAUUCAGAGAGAAGGUCAUAUACACCGUCAUCUCCCUCUUCAUCUUCUUGGUGUGCAGUCAGCUCCCUCUGUAUGGCAUUCACUCCACAACGGGGGCGGAUCCGUUCUAUUGGAUGCGUGUCAUCCUUGCCUCGAACCGUGGAACUGUUAUGGAGCUCGGAAUCACACCCAUUGUGACAUCCGGACUUGUGAUGCAGCUUCUUGCUGGUUCAAAGAUCAUUGAAGUGGACAACAAUGUCCGUGAGGAUCGCGCCCUCUUGAAUGGUGCACAAAAGUUAUUGGGCAUCUUGAUAGCCAUCGGUGAGGCUGUUGCGUAUGUUGUCUCUGGGAUGUACGGUAGCGUUGACCAACUUGGAGUUGGAAAUGCUAUUCUUAUCAUCCUUCAGCUCUUCUUUGCUGGGAUCAUCGUCAUCUGCUUGGACGAACUUCUUCAGAAAGGAUAUGGUCUCGGCUCUGGAAUUUCACUUUUCAUAGCAACCAAUAUCUGUGAAAACAUUAUCUGGAAAGCCUUCAGUCCGACCACCAUCAACAGUGGUCGUGGAGCUGAAUUUGAGGGUGCUGUCAUUGCUCUGUUCCAUCUCCUAAUUACUCGAACAGACAAGGUUCGUGCUCUUCGUGAGGCCUUUUAUCGGCAAAAUCUUCCGAAUGUAACAAACCUACUCGCUACAGUCCUCAUCUUCCUUAUAGUAAUCUACUUCCAAGGAUUCCGUGUCGUCCUCCCUGUGAGAUCGAAGAAUGCACGUGGACAACAGGGAUCUUAUCCUAUCAAACUGUUCUACACCUCGAACAUGCCCAUCAUUCUCCAAUCUGCACUUGUGUCUAAUCUUUACUUCAUCUCCCAG